ACCAAGCGACUUCUACGUCAUCGUUGGGCGACUUUUGAGUGUAGUAGGUUAUAUUUUGAUUGCACAGUAUUCUACGCAUCAUGCGUGGUGCCGGUUCUUUUUAUUAAUCUGCAAGAAAAAAAUAUUAUUUUUAUUCCGUUAGAGCCGCUAACGUGAUUGAUAGUCAUCUGUCAUCGCAGUCAAUUAAAAUUAAGCAUGCCUCUGCCACCAGCCUUGCAGGCUCGGCUUGCUAAACGAGGGAUCCUGAAACAAACAGAACAAGAUAUUGAGGAAGAGAUCAUUGCAGAAGAUUAUGAUGAUAAUAAUGUUGAUUAUGAAGCCACUAGAGCAGAAAAUCUUCCCCCAAACUGGUACAAGGUGUUGGAUCCUGCUUGUGGCCUGCCCUAUUACUGGAAUGUGGAAAAUGAUCUGGUGUCCUGGCUGCCACCCACUGACCCCAAUGCAGUUAUUUCAAAACCUGCAAAAAAGAUAAAAGAGGUGGAGCUAAGAGUAGAACGAGAAGAUAUCCGAGAAAAAAGGCACCAGCGGCGAGAUGAUAUCACACCCUACACCAAAGCAAAGAAAGGCCGAGAAAGGAAGGAUGAGGAAGUUGACCCAAUGGACCCCAGUUCAUACUCAGAUGCACCUCGAGGAACGUGGUCAACAGGUCUUCCUAAACGCAAUGAAGCCAAGACUGGAGCAGAUACCACUGCUGCUGGACCCCUGUUUCAACAAAGACCUUAUCCCAGUCCAGGAGCUGUGCUGAGGGCCAAUGCAGAGGCAAACCGUUCAAAAGACUGACCAUCAGGAACUUUUUUUAAAUAGUGGCCUCUAUAGUCUGAUCCUUCUGAAAAAUAAGGUGACCUUUGAGCUAACUUAGAGCAAAACAGGAUAAUGUUUUAUAAUUUUUAUAGCUCAGUUUUGUUUUUUUUUUAUUACAUUAUUAUUGUAAGAAAUUGUUUACAUUGCUAAUCCAGUUGUACAGUGUUGCCUUUGUGUAAAGAAAGUUUAAAAAAAAAAAAAAA